UUAGGUGUGAGUUGCUCAUUAACAUUUCUUUUGUUUCCAAGGGUGGGAAAGGUGUCUGGUGGAGUGAGACAUUAAGGGUGGGAGAGGUCUGAGGUGUGAAUUGGUCAUUACAAUGUGUGACAAGCUUGGUAGGAACGCUUCAAAACGCUUUGUAUGCAUUUUUCAUGCUGAAAAAGUCUCUGGACAGCAUCGGAAACUGGAAGAGUUUGAAAAAAAAAUUUAAGACGCAAACGCUUAUAAUUGCGAUUUGCCGCGUUUACAAGCGUUUUGCAUUUGAAACGCUGAUAAAAUCGACUGCUGAAUGCAAGUUUUCU